UACCAUGGCAGAGGUAAGAUAAAAAAAAUUGAAGAUGUUCACAAAGGAAGUUAGUGUGUGAGCUCCAAAAUUCUGUUUCCCCAGGAAAACAGGUCAUUGGCUAAGAUAACUUUAUCCAAUUAAAUUAGAAAAUAAAUAUUCAAUAAGAUUCUCACAAACUAGGCCUGACCUCUUUUUCCUGAAGGAGUGUGACAUUAGUAAGUUCUCUCACAAAUAUCAAUAUUCUGUGUUAGGUUUUAGGAUUUCAUUACUUCUACACUGAAGAAAAGAAGGUAUAAGGUGGGAAAAGUUCAGCUAAAAAUACUCUUUCCGGAAUUCCAAUGGGUGAAGAAAGGAGGCACACAUUUUCUUUUGCGAUAGAAUGUAUACCAAAUAUAAGAGAAUACCAAUGGGAUAUUAAUUCUUGAUGUGUCUUUCCAAAUUAAACAUGUUACCACUUUUAAGUGCUUUGGGGAAGAGUAUUGACUCUGAAGCAUCUUGGGUAUCAUGACGUGUUCUUUGGUUUUCCCUGGGCACAGUGUGGAGCGUAGCAUGCCUUCAGAUUCUUCCCCUCACCUACAUUCAGGUAUUCUCAUCUGGUAGGAUCUGCUCAGAGCUGACAGCAGAGCCCUGGGGACAUUUUGAAUGGGACAGACUUUGAAUCAGGGAUGCACUUAGGUUCUUAUGGAGUAUUCCUCUGAGUUUGUAAAUCAUUCCGAACCUCUGGGUAGUUUAGUACUAACCACUAAUGUGGCAGCGUUUCAGAUAAGCACUUGCCCAACAUAAGCCUUCAGUCUCCCUAGUGGGUGCUUAAUUCUCUUGGGUGAUGCAUUUUAUUUGAUAUAUGCCAGCUUUCAAGACAUACCAAAUAGGAUGGCAGGUGUUGGGUUCUCCUCCUGCUGGUGAUGGCCGUGCUAUUUCUGUUCAGUCGAAAGGUUACCCCAAGUGUUGAGUACGUUUGUAGCAAUGAGUGUACAGAGUGUCCUUUCUGCAUAGGGACACUUGACUUUGUCAGCAAACAAAAAAGGCUAACAAACUUUACUAUAUAUUUGUGCUUCUUGACAGAUAAAAUGGGAAUUACUAAGCUGUUAUCAGGCCUACAGUGGCCUGAUUUAAUACAGAGACUUUCUCACUUCUCCAAAACAAUUAUUUGGGUAGCUUCGGCAUGCAGCAUUCUUUGCAGUUCCUGAUCCUUUAAUGCCUGACCCUUCCAAGCAACCAAAGAACCAGCUCAAUCCUAUCGGCUCAUUACAGGAAUUGGCAAUUCAUCAUGGUUGGAGACUUCCUGAAUACACCCUUUCCCAGGAGGGAGGACCUGCCCAUAAGAGAGAAUAUACCACAAUUUGCAGACUGGAAUCAUUUAUGGAAACUGGAAAGGGGGCAUCAAAAAAGCAAGCCAAGAGAAAUGCUGCUGAGAAAUUUCUUGCCAAAUUUAGUAAUAUUUCUCCAGAGAACCACAUUUCUUUAACAAAUAUGGUAGGGCAUUCUUUAGGAUGUACCUGGCACUCCUUGAGGAAUUCUCCUGGAGAAAAGAUCAACUUACUAAAGAGAAGCCUCCUUAGUCUUCCGAAUACAGAUUAUAUCCAGCUGCUCAGUGAGAUUGCCAAAGAACAAGGUUUUACCAUAACAUAUUUGGAUAUAGAAGAGCUGAGUGCCAACGGACACUAUCAAUGUCUGGCUGAACUGUCUACCAGCCCCAUCACAGUCUGCCACGGCUCAGGCAUCUCCUGUGGCAGUGCACAAAGUGACGCAGCUCACAAUGCUUUGCAGUACUUAAAAAUCAUAGCGGAACGAAAGUAAACGGGCCAACUUGGGAAAUCCUUCCGUAGCACUUAAUAAGUUCCUCACCCCUUCCCAAGUAAAACAUGUAUUGUAAUGUUUGAGUUUCUGUGCUGUUUCUAAAUCUCUUCAUGGGUUCCAUCAACACUCCAGAUUUAAUUAUAACCUGGUAGUUGUUAUUAAGGUCUUUUUACUGGCUUCAACUUUGUAUUGGUAUAUUGUAUUUAUAACUUUGUACCAUAAGGCAGAGUGUAGUGCCCAUUUUACAGUGCCAUGCACAUAGAAUGAAGACACUGCAUGUUUGAUGAUGAUAAUCAUGAUGAAGAUGACAAUGAUGAAAUAAAAAUAUUGUUAACAGUC